AUGCUUGGUGGAGGUGAGAGCGAUAAUUUACGUAUUAUUAUUACACGCCAUGGUGAACGUGCUGAUUUUGCAAUUGGAAAACAAUGGUUAAGUAAAGUACAACAAAAUGGAAGUUAUGAUCCACGAAUAUCACAUUUAGCAGAACGACCACAUUUUCGUGAUUGGACUUAUGAUUCACCAUUAACUGUUGAAGGUGAAAAUCAAAGUGCACAUGUUGGUAAAAAAUUACUUCAUCUUGGCUAUCCAAUUGAUUAUUGUUAUUCAUCACCUGCUUAUCGAUCCGUUCAAACAGCAACUGGAAUCCUUGAAAGUCAAGGACGAAAAGCCGUACCGAUAAAUAUCGAACCUGGUCUAUUUGAAUGUCCUGCUUGGUAUCAUGGCAAACCAUUAAAAUUUAUACCACCUGAAUAUUUAGCUGCAGAUAGAAGGUUUAAUAUAAAUGCCGGAUAUGCACCAAUGUAUGGUGGUGUUGAUGAAAGUGAAGAUGAACGACUUUAUUAUAAGCGGUCUCGUACACUUGUUCGUGAAAUAAUUCGAGCACAUAAACGUACAGGUGGUACAGUUUUAUUAUCAGGACAUGGAGGUUCGAUUGAAGCUGUAACACGUGGCUUACGUGGUAUGCGUCAGCGACAUGAAAAACCCGAACAUCUAAUUCAAGAAGCUUUAAGAGUUGAUUAUUGUAAUUUUGCUAUAUUAGAACGUGAUGCACGUACACAUCAUUGGACUGUUCGAUUUCCUGACUCAUAUAAUUCUCCUUAUGGAGUACAAUUAACACAACAAAGUGUGAUUCCACUUUAUGGUCCUACUACAGAACAUUUAAAUAAACGGGGUCGUGGACGAUUGGCGACAGCACUACCACCAGCAAGAGCGCAGCGAGGACGAACAAGAACAAGACAACGUUACCCUCAAGCUAGACCUCCUCGUUAUAAUCAAUAUCGUUAA